AUGAAGGCGCUGGCGCCGCGACACCGACCACUGUCUGAGGCCACAGAGAUGUUUGAUACAGACUUUGAGGACGAUGACAGCGAGGUCGAAGAGGCCGAUUCACCACGGCUCAGUCUGAACUCCUCCGGUCAAAGGAGUGAGUCGACUCUAUCAUCUUUAGAAGAAGUCCACACUCCAGGGCCACAAGAAUACCAGGGGUUCAACUUCGAGCUGAGCACGAAGAAGGCGGUGGAGGGACCAAGAGGACCUCAUCUCUUCAGAAGCUCGAUUGAAUCACACGACGAAUAUGUACUUGGGAUGUCUCCUAUGACUCCUAGACUAUCCAGUAUCCAGACGGCAGAGCCUGAUGUUCCGCAAGUCCCGGAAAUACCAAGGCGUCACCGACACACCUCAGUACUCGAUGUCGAUGAUGAGUUGAACCUGGACGACGUCGCGAAUUGGUCGCCGCGACAGGUCGCUAGGUGGAUGUGGGAGGCUGGGCUCGAGCAGUCCAUAGUCGAGAAGUUCCAGGAGAACGACAUCUCAGGGGCUAUCUUGAUGACGCUGAAAUUCGAGGACCUGCGAGAGCUUGACAUUCCUUCGUUCGGACAGAGGACGAAGGUAUGGAAUGAAAUCCAUAUCUUAAGGGGUAGUGCCCCAAGUUCUCCAAAGCCCGGCACCCCAAUCGAUGAAGCUGCGUCGCCGGUCCUAGAGAGAAGACCCUCCAGAUACUCUUCGAGACGGGAGAAGAGCCACAGCCAUGAUUGCGAUUCGGACGAGGAGCCAAGGAGACACAAGAGUUCGAGAAGGCGACAUCAAAAGCGCCCUGAUAUUGUCUCCCCGCUUGAAUCUGUCUCGAUAGUCGGCAUCGAGCAAAUCAUACCAAGACCACACAAGUGCUCCAAGGGAGAGAAUUGCUCGAAGUGGAAGAGACAACAACGAUUGAUCGAGGCAUUCAAGGCGGAACAUCCCAUGGGCGAGCAGGUCCAGACCCCUAUCGGACAUCCCAUCAGUCCCGGACAGGGUGGCUCGAUAUGGAUCGCAGGUGAUCCUGGCAAUCCGACGACGGCAGAAGCUAUUGCGGAGGCUCCUCGGCCUGUCUCCGAUGCAGUCCCGUCCGUCGUCGCAUCGUCAGAUGUGCUGGGCCCCGGGCAAGUGCCUGCUAUCCGCCACUUGGAAGAGGCCAGUCUCAAGAAUCUCGAGACCCGCGAUCCUCAGGACAAUGUCAAGCAGUUCCUCCAGUUCCAACACAUGGACCCUUACCAAGUCAACUGGUCUUCAGAGGUUCCUCCGACCCCGCCGUACGAGAUGUUCCCCACCCUCCCAAAUCCCCACUCGAAACUCCAAACUCUCCCCAGACUCGCCAUCCCUCCUCCACGUCCUGCCCCGCCGCGCACCUCCAGUGCCGGUGCCUUCUCUCCCUACCGCAUGGAACGCGUCGAGGCCCAAACCCCCGAACUCCGCAACCAGACACAAUCACCAGGAUCGGUCUACCGUUUCGGGACCCCUUUCUCGGAAAUGGACGUCCCUGUGACCGCCGUCCCUCUCGGCCCCGUCUCCCGCGAUGCCUCUCAAUCCGUCCCACCCAACAUGUCCUACCGCAGCCCUAUCACGCCCACCCAACGCACGCAAUCCCGCGCCUCAGUCCGCCGCCCCUCCUUCGCCGCCAUGCCGCGUGUCGACGAGAACACCCCUAUUGCCCCGCCUCCCCAACCCCAAUCCCAAUCCCAAUCCCUCGCCCCUUCAUACCCCACCUCCGCAUACCCCUCCUCCUCCGACCCUGCCCCCUGGUCUGCAGUUGACCAGCCCCCCUCCCGCGCGGCCGACGACAUCAGCUACGCUGGGUACAUGAAGAAGCGGAAGACCAAGAUGCUCCGCCACGAAUGGCACGAGCACCACUUCACCCUCCGCGGCACGCGCCUCUCCAUGCACAAAGAUGCGCGCGCUCUCGAGACCCUCGAGUACAUCGACGUCGACGACUACGCCAUCGCCUGCUCCUCGCUCGCCUCCUCCUCGAAGCUCAACUCGGCCUUCCGGGCGAUGAACAUCGCGCGCGGUAAGGGGCGCGAGGAGCCAGCCGCCUUCACCUUCCAGCUGAUCCCGGCCGUCAUCGAGAAGGGCCAGCGGCUGCGGCGCAAGGAGCGCGAGAGCGUGCUCGGCGACAAGGACGCCGGAAAGGAGGGCGCCAAGGCCAAGGUACACCACUUCGCGGUGCGCAGCCGCGAUGAACGCAUUGACUGGAUGAGGGAACUCAUGCUAGCCAAGGCCCUGAAGCAGAAGAGUGAGGGCUUCACGGUUAAUGUCAAUGGGAACAUGAUCUAG